GAAAAAAAUGUUCCGAUACUAACCAAUCAAAAGUCACAUGCGCAGUUUCCUGCGUCGAGGAUUUGAGGUUAGAUUUGGUAAAAAAAAAAUAAAACAUAGAAAAACUUUGUUUUGGCAGUGAAAUGAAUUGAGUAAAUAUAUAAAUAAUUAUUUUACAAUGGAGAUCGCUGAAUUAUCUGACGACGCAACUUCGUGCAAUCAGUUUACUGUUGAUGACUUGGAUAUUGAAAUUUUACCUUUGAUUUAUGAAAUAAUCCGGAGCGUGGAAAAAGAUCCUCACGAUACAACUCAGAAAGCUAAAGAAUCCCAAGAUACAAGUCAAAAAAUUCUAGAACUCCAGAAAAAAUUUGAUUCAGUAAGAUCACAGAUAAAACGUCUUCCUGGAAUCGAGUACAGCAAGGAAGAGCAACUUAAAAAAUUAGAGACUCUGAGAAAGCAAUUACGCCUAAAGCGAGAACUCUUGUACAAAUAUCGUAACAUGUGCUCGUUUGAAAUUCCUAAAAAUUAAACUUUACACAGUGUGGCCAUAAUUUUACCUAAAUAACAAUUAUUUAUCAUUUUAAAAUUAAUUAUAUUAAUUUAUAAAUCACAAUGUUACGUUUUAUAAUAAGAUACUUAAUGAGCAACGAACAGUUGGUUCAAAAAAUAGCAGACUCUAGACCAAUGAGAAAGGCUGCACAACUUGUAGUGUACAUUAUAAAUCGAAGUACCAGUGGGACUUACAAAAUACCCUCGGAUCCAAAAAAAUUCGCUUCUGAAUUGGCAAGUGUAAUGAAGGAGUACACCGGUGAAUUUAAAAGAAGGAUAGAAAAUGCUAAAGAAGAACUGAAGAAAAAAUAAAAUAAUAAUUCACUGUAGUUGAUGAAUUUUCCAAAUGUAAAAUAUUAAAUAUUGUUUGCGUGACUUUAUUAAAAAUCUUUAAAGGGGUGAA